CAAAAUUCAAAUAAGGAGCGGGCGGCGCCACCGCAGAUCCGACGGCCGGAGAUGAAAUUCGGGAAGGAAUUCGCCGCGCAGAUGGUGCAGGAAUGGCAGGAAGCUUACGUGGACUACAACGGUCUGAAAGAAAUCCUUAAAGAUCUGCUAACACACAGACGGAACCACGACGACGCCGUCUCCUCCUCGUCGCCGCGCCUGAAAAGGAGGCAGACUCUCUACCGGGCCUUCAGCGGCCUAACGGGCGGGUACAGGCCCGAGUCGGGUUCGGGUUCGGGUACGGGCUCCCCCAAGAAGAACUACGAAGACCAGGUGAUCCUCGUCAGCGCCGUCGGCGACGUUCGGGGCUCCGACAGCCAUUACGAGACCAUGUUUUUGAGAUCCGCCGAGGACGGCGGCGAGAAGGAGCUCCUCUUUUUCCGGCGACUCGAUCACGAAUUCAACAAGGUCCUCAAAUUCUACCGCGAAAAAGUCGAGGCGGCGGCUGCGGCGGCGGAGGGGCUGAGCAAGCAGAUGGAUGCGCUCAUUGCUCUCAGGAUUAGAGUCGUUAAGCCCUCCGGAAUCGUGCCUGCGCCGGAAUAUUCCGUUCGAUCUCCGUCGCCGGCGGAGAUUCCGGCGUCAAUGGUAACCUCGAAGCAAGAUGUUCGACGAAUGGAGGCAAUUCAAGAAGUGGAAAUGAUCGAGGAAGACUUCCGGUCGGCGCCAUUAGAGGUUUUGGAUCACGUGAAGAUCAAUGUCGAUCCGGCGACGCCUGUGUCGACAUUAAGGACCGUUUUAGGGAGCUCAAAAUCGGAGCUUUCAUUCAGCAAAGAUGAGCUGAAAAUGACAGAGGAGAAGCUGAAAAUCGCAUUCAUCGAAUUUUACCAACAGCUCCGGUUGCUAAAAAGCUAUUGCUUCUUGAACAUGCUUGCAUUCUCCAAGAUAAUGAAGAAGUAUGAUAAGAUAACUUCAAGGGGCGCGUCGAAAUCGUACUUAGAGAUGGUGGAUAAGUCGUAUCUCGGAACAUCCGACGAGGUUGACAAGCUCAUCACAAGGCUCGAAUCGACGUUCAUCAAGCAUUUUACGAACGGGAAUAGAAGGAAAGGAAUGAAAUGCUUGAGGCCCGCCGGAGUUAAGGAGGAUAAGCACCGGACAACGUUCUUCCUCGGUCUUUUCACCGGGUGCGCGAUCGCGCUCGUCGCUACGAUAAUUGUCAUUGUGCACGCCCGGAAUCUUCUUAAUCACGAAGGGCGGCAGCAGUACAUGGAAAGCAUAUUCCCUCUCUACAGCCUAUUCGGAUUCAUCGUCUUACACAUGAUAAUGUACGGCGCGAACACUUACCUAUGGAGGCGAUACCGAGUGAACUACGCUUUUAUCUUCGGAUUCAAGCCGGGAACUGAGUUAGGAUUCAGGGAAGUGUUCCUUGUUGCGUCGGGCCUAUCAGUUCUCGCCUUAGCUGCCGUGAUCUCGAAUUUGGACAUGGAGAUGGACCGGAGCACUGAAAACUUCAAGACAUUAACAGAAUUAGUUCCGUUAACCUUAGUCAUCGCAGUUCUCAUCAUUACAUUCUGUCCUUUCAACAUCGUUUAUCGCUCGAGCCGGUUCUUCCUCCUCCGCUGCGCGUGGCACUGCAUUUUUGCACCACUCUACAAGGUAACAUUGUCCGAUUUCUUCUUGGCGGAUCAAUUAACAAGCCAGGUUCAAGCUUUUAGGAGUUUGCAAUUCUAUGUGUUCUACUAUGUGUGGGGGGACUUCAAGAAGCGAUCGAACGAUUUCCUUGAUAGCAACGUGUAUAAAAAUGUGUACAUUGUCGUGGCGAUCAUACCGUUCUGGUGGCGCUUUCUUCAGUGCCUCCGGCGAUUGUCCGAGGAGAAAGGUGCUGAAAUGCAGGGACCCAACAGCCUCAAAUACUUGUCGACAGUCGUGGCGCUCGUGAUGCGAACGAUUUAUUCUCAGAAGGGUGGAACUUUCUGGAGAGUCAUGGCUUCGUCGACGUCGGGGGUUACGACUCUGUGCAACACGUAUUGGGACAUCGUUGUUGACUGGGGCCUCCUGCAGAAGAACGCGCGCCAUCCGUGGCUGCGCGACAAGCUGUUGAUAUCGAACCGGGCCGUGUAUUUUGUCGCCAUAGUUGUGAACGUACUCCUAAGGCUCGUGUGGAUGCAGCUGGUUCUCGACCUCAAUGAAGCGCCGUUUCUUCAUAAGCAAGCGAUGGUUGCGACCGUCGCCUGCUUGGAGAUUCUGCGCCGCGGCAUUUGGAAUUUCUUCAGGUUGGAGAACGAGCACUUCAACAACGUCGGGAAAUAUCGAGCAUUCAAAUCCGUUCCGUUGCCGUUUCACUACGAGGAUGAAAAGAGCCUGUGACAACAUAGACAAGAUACCAUACAAUGCAUAGAGAUCAAUUUAUAACAUACUGUAUAUUGUAAAAUUUUGAAAUUGUUUGUUAAUUUAUAUACUACAUCAUUUUUAUAUAUAUUAUUUGGUAAAUAUUUAAAAUAAUAAAAAUUA